CCGCCUGCCAACAAUCAAAAUGAGCAAGAAGCACACGGCCGACGCCGACGAGGAUGACGUCGUGGUGUUCAACACCGAGGCAUAUUCCGUCGUGUCCUCAUGGAUAUCGAAGGCUGCGAUAACAGAAGAAGACAUCGUGACCCCAAAGUUCUCCAAGCCAUUGUACACCAAGCCGUCGUCGUCGUCCAUGACCUUCGCUACGGACGAAGACAAGUUCCUAGCAUCCAAGAUCCUGAAAAAGAAGCGGCAAGACGUCGUGACAACGGCCCGCGACAACGACAAGAAUGAUGUCGACGACGACGAAACGUCGUUUCGACACAAAGGACAGAGCUCGGUCCAUGGCGCGAAGAAGCAAAAGACACUCAGCGUCCAAGAGAAGUUGCUGCAGUCCCUGCGUGAACAGCAAGAGCGACGGAAGCUGAAAAACAAGAAGAAGAAAGAUAACAGCAAGAAAGCAACCACCUAACGUGUUACAGUAUACCCCGAGAGUUUGUGCUGACAUCGUUAUAGUAUUUCGAGUCGACGUAGCAAGGUGGAUGGAAUUUAGCCAUUCCACAUACAAGCUUCCUCCUUACGUUCCUGAUAUGGCGGCUGCGCUGAACGCGGCAAGUUUGAGGUACAUCGCAUUGGUUA